GUAAAGACUAAAAGCGCGGAAGUAUCUCCUCCCUCCGUUUGCUUCCUUCCAUCUUUGCCUUCAAAAUAAGCAGCUCCAUCCCCUUUACUCUCCAUUCAUUCCCUCCCCAAGAAGAUAACAGAGGGGGGAAAUGUCUUGGGCUCGUCCGGAUCCGGUCCAAAGAAUCCACCCGCCACCAAUCGACCAGUUCGACCGUCUGCCUGACUCUCUUCUUCUUUUAAUCUUCAACAAGAUCGGCGACGUUAAAGCUCUCGGCCGCUGCUGCGUUGUCUCCCGUCGUUUCCAUUCCCUCGUCCCUCAAGUCGAAAACGUCUUCGUCCGUGUCGAUUGUGUCAUCUCCGACGACGAUUGUUCCCCGUCUUCUUCCUCCGACAAAUCACGUGCCGCUGGUCCUUUCUUGAACCUCUUCCGUCUCGUUUUUGGAGGCAUUGUUAAACCACUUCAAGCUUUGGGUCAAUUCCUCGGCCCGAAACGGUCCAUUCUCAACGAAAUCCUUAACAGCCAUUCCUCUUCCUCUCUAUCUGUCGGUCCCGGCGGUGCUGAUGACGGGGAAAUGGACCAAGGUGGGGUUACCCAUCAUUCUCCUACACAAGUACUUAGAAAUUUCAACGAGAUUCGUUUCCUCCGAAUCGAAUUGCCCAGCGGCGAGUUAGGGAUUGAUGAUGGAGUUCUUUUGAAAUGGAGAGCAGAUUUCGGAUCAACCCUUGAUAACUGCGUCAUCCUCGGAGCUGCCUCUGUUAUUAACAACGUGCGUAUGCAAGUAUCGGAAUUUGGCAACGAUGGGUUUUGCAGCUACAAUAACAUUACCGGCGGUUCAAAUGUUGGAAUCGGUGAUGAUAAUGGGAGUAUUCCGGAGUCCUUUUAUACUAACGGAGGCUUGAAACUAAGGGUUGUUUGGACGAUUAGUUCGUUAAUCGCAGCAUCAGCAAGGCAUUAUUUGCUUCAACCGAUAAUUGCAGAGCAUAAGACUCUGGAUAGAUUGGUUUUAACCGAUGCAGACGGACAAGGGGUGCUUCGUAUGAACAGGGAUCAGCUUGAGGAGUUGAGAGUGAAGCCAUUAUCUGCUUCCUCGGCUUCUAAAAGGACGCAGGUUCCGGCGUUGAAUAUGAGGCUCUGGUAUGCUCCUUAUUUGGAAUUGCCUAACGGGGUUGUUUUAAAAGGUGCUACUUUGGUUGCUAUUAGGCCUAGUGAACAAUCUGCUUCGAAAAAAGAGGUCUCAGAUACUUCUUGGUUAUCAACUGCUUUCGAAGAGCCUUAUGGGACUGCGGCAAAGAUUCUGAUCAAGAGAAGGACGUACUGCUUGGAGAUGAACUCCUUUUGAUGCCUGCUUCCUCACUUGCAAUGGAGAGUAGCAAUGCACAAUGGUCAAGGGUAAGGGAUAGCAUGCUUUCGAAAAGCUGAUGAUCAAACAACAAAUUUGUUUUGUGUUGUAGCUUAGUCUCGGUGCUGCAUCCUUUGAAAGCAAUCCAUGAAUGUUGGUAAGAAUAAUGCACCGCAAGCUAUUCGACUUUUGAGCUUCAACUGAUAGCCAUAUGCACCUGCUGGUUUUUUUUUAUUUCAGGCAUAUGCUUGUUAGAGUGCACACCUAUGACUAGAUUGAUGUUGUAAGAACUUCCAAUUUGUAGUCCUUUAAUCCCUCUUAUAUGUGAAUAUUAUAGGUACGAAGAUGUCAUCCUUUAUGUCAUAUUCUUAUCAACUUCAUCAAGAAAUGUAGUUUGCGCUUAUCUUUCA